ACACAGACUACAGAUCGUAUACAGUUAGAGAGAACAAGGAGACAAUCAGUCACUGAGGGAAUACAGGAACAGGAGAAAAUACUAACUCAGCCGAUAUGGAGACCCAGAAGAUUAUCAGCGUGGAGCUGACAGACAGUGAUCUGUCUGAGCAGAUUAAAGUGGUGACAAAGGAUUGUCACGUGAGAGCAGAGAACACAGAACUGAUGCUGGCCUACCAGAGGGGAGACAUCACCAUGGAACAGUAUAAGCUUCUCCUGUGUUCCUUACAUGAGAUCUACCAGGCACUAGAGGAGGCCCUGGAUAGUAACUCCAACCACUCGUGUGUGGCACCCAUCUAUUUCCCCCUAGAACUGGCCCGGCUGGAGUCCCUGGAGAAAGACCUGGAGCAUUUCUAUGGACACAACUGGAGAGAAAAGAUCGUAGUGCCCGCUGCCACCAAAAGAUAUGUUCACAGACUCCGACAGAUCGGCAAAGACAACCCGGAGUACCUGGUGGCCCACGCGUACACCCGUUACCUUGGCGACCUCUCCGGUGGAACAGUCCUGGGCCGCAUUACCCAGAAGUCUCUGGGGCUCAAGAGCGGCGAGGGUCUAUUGUUUUUCUCUUUUCCCGGCGUGAGCAGCCCCAACCGGUUCAAACAGCUGUACAGAAGUAGAAUGAACAGCAUUGAGCUGAACCAUGAGGACAGGAAGGGAGUGCUGGAUGAGGCCGUUAGAGCCUUUGAGCUGAACAUCCAGGUAUUUGACGAUCUUCAGAAGAUGCUAUCUGAGAUGAAGAGCGAGACUAAGAGUGACAUGCCGUCUAAGAUGGAGAGAGAGAGCACAAGUGAGAAGCUGCACAUGACCGGCUGUACAAGACACCUUACCACACACUCCAAACUGGCACAGGGAGAGAAGCUGAUAGCUAAAUCCCUACAGAUCCAGCCCAGCUUGAUCAACUCGUCGCCAUUCUUCAGAAUGUUGCUAGGGAUCUGUGUAGCCCUGGUAACGGUUGGCAUGGGAAUCUAUGCUUUAUAAAGUUCUAAAGAAAUGUUCUCAGAGAAAAUCUAUCCGUCCAUAACAUAAAAUAACCCCAAAAGGUGUUGGUGCUUUUUUAAAACCUUAAGGAAACCAUAUUUUCGUAUGUUGUUUUAGAAUAGUGAAAAAUAAAUACUGUAAAUAAGUUAGUAAUUAUUACUAAUUUGACCCAGCACUUGUGUUCCAUGUAGCCACAUCAAACUAUGAGGGUGUGUAGGAUAUUGCUUUAUGUCCAAGUGGCCGACUGACAGUAUUGAUACAAUUGUGCACUAGUAAUGAUGUGGAAAUGAUGUGCAUUUAAAUAUUCAGUAUUUUUUGUUGAUGACUGCAAAUGUGACCAAAACGAUAUACCCUAUUUCAUUUUAUAAUCUCAGAAUUGAGAAAUUACUACUGUAAUGUUUCUAUGCAUGAAAAAUUGCAACUCCAUAUAUAUAUAUGUAUAUAUUUGUAUAUUUUCUAAUUAAACAAGACUAUACC